AUGGCGGCGGCGGCGGCUGCGAGCGGCAGGAGGGCCAAGGCCCCGCGUGGGGCCGCGGGACGGCGGCGGCCGCGCCCGGCGGUCCCAAACGCCCAGGGGAGACCGCGGGCGGCGGCCGGGCGGCCCGCCGACGAGGAGGUGUCCAGCGACUCCGAGACGGAGAGCCUGUCGCUGGGCCGGCGGCGGCGAGAGGCGGCGGCGGAGGAGGAGCUGGAGGAGACGCCGCAGGAGAAGAAGCUGCGCCUGGCCAAGCAGUACCUGGAGGAGCUCCGCCAGCUCGAGGAGGAGCGGGCGGAGGAGGAGGAGGAGGAAACCCAGCCGGCGGAUCUCAUCGGCCACCGGCUGAAGGAGGACGUGCUCGAGCAGAAGGGCCGGCUGCAGCGCCUGGUCGCCAAAGAUGUGCAGCCUCCGGAUCCAGCCAGCAUCCGUGUGCUGCGGGGACACCAGCUGCCUGUCACCUGCCUGGUCAUCUCUCCCGAUGACAGAUUCAUCUUUUCUGCUUCCAAGGACGGCUCCCUCAUCAAAUGGGAGGUGGACAGCGGGAAGAGGCUGUGCGUGGUGCCCGGGGGGAAGAAGGGCACAGAGGAGCGGCACAUGGGACACGCAUCCCACAUCCUCUGCAUGGCCAUCUCAUCGGAUGGCAAGUACCUGGCCACGGGUGACAGGAACAAGCUGAUCAUGAUCUGGGACACAGCCACCUGCAAGCGCCUGCACAUCUUCACAGGGCACCGUGAUGCUGUCUCGGGCCUGUCCUUCCGCAAGGGGACACACCAGUUGUACAGCGCUUCCCACGACCGCUGCGUCAAGGUCUGGAAUGUGGCAGAGAACGCCUAUGUGGAGACCCUGUUUGGGCACCAGGACGUCAUCACAGGGCUGGACAGCCUGAGCCGGGAGUGCUGUGUGACGGCCGGGGGACGGGAUGGCACCGUGCGGCUCUGGAAGAUCCCUGAGGAGACACAGCUCGUGUUUUCUGGGCAUCAGGGCUCCAUCGACUGUAUCCAGCUCAUCAACGAGGAGCACAUGGUGUCUGGUGCUGAUGAUGGGUCUUUAGCCCUGUGGGGGCUGACGAAGAAGAAGCCGCUGGCGCUGGCUCGGCAGGCACACGGCAUGCAGGACGCCCAGGGCCUGGAGCAGCCCUACUGGAUCUCAGCAGUGGCCGCCCUGCGCAACAGUGACCUCCUGGCUACAGGCUCCCACAGCGCCAGCGUGAAGCUUUGGAAGUGUGGUGAGGGAUUUCGGAAGCUGGAGCACCUCUGGGACAUCCCCUUGGUGGGUUUUGUCAACAGCCUCAAGUUCUCGUCAUCUGGUGACUUCCUGGUGGCUGGCAUUGGGCAAGAGCACCGGCUUGGACGGUGGUGGAGAAUCAAAGAAGCCAAAAACAGCAUCUGCAUCAUCCCCCUUAAACAGAGGGCCACAACCUCUGACCCUGAGUCCCCUGGCAGCUCCUAGUCCCCCAGUCCUAGAGCCGCUGGAGCAGGUCAUUCUGUCCCUGAAGCUGCACCUUGGUGCAUCCUUGGUGCAGCCAGCCCCUUGGGGUUGGCAGGAUGGAAGUAGGGGUUGUCACACAGCCUUGCUGGCCCCUGUGUU